AUGUCAGGGGGGUAGAGGAUGGGAGGACAGCAGAGCAGAGGACAGGGGUCACAGCUGGCAGAGCAGAGGACAGGGGUCACAGCUGGCAGGGCAGAGGACAGGGGUCACUGCUGGCAUGGCAGGGCACAGGGGUUGAUGCUGGCACGGCAGGGCACAGGGGUUGCUGCUGGCACGGCAGGGCACAGGGGUCGCUGCUGGCACGGCAGAGGACAGAGGUCAUUGCUGGCAGGGCAGAGGACAGACAUCAUUGCUGGCAGGGCAGAAGACAGGUGUCACUACUGACAGGGUAGAAGACAGAGGUCACUGCUGGCAGGGCAGAGGACAGGGGUCACUGCUGGCAGGGCAGAGGACAGGGGGCACUGCUGGCAGGGCAGAGGACAGGGGGCACUGCUGGCAGAGCAGAGGACAGGG